UAUUUUUAGCUUAUGUAUCAAACACUGAUGAUAACAACAACAACAACAACAACAACAACAAUAUUAAAAUAGGAAAUACCGGUUUUUUUUAUUUAAAAAAAACUAAUAGAUUGAAAUGGUAUUAUAGUUUAUGCUAUGGGGAUGUCUACCACCAAAAAUAAUUUGUAAAAUAGGAUAACAGCACCACUACAUCAUCGCCAGUGAGUUAUGUCCGACAAAAUAAAGAUAGCCAUUAUAGGUGCGGGUGCUUCCGGUGCUACGGCUUGUAAAGCCUGUCUGGAAGAGGGUUUCGAUGUUGUCGUCUACGAGAGGACAACAUAUACGGGUGGUCUGUGGCGAUACCGGGAGGACGUUGUCGACGGUGUGGCCUCAGUGGCCAAAAGUACUAUUAUUAACUCGAGUAAAGAGAUGUCCGCUUUUUCCGACUUUCCACCGCCGGCUGACUUUCCUAACUAUAUGCACAAUACAAAAAUGGUAAAAUAUUUUGAUUUAUACGGCGAGACGUUUGGCUACGAAAAGUAUGUAAAAUUUAGACACGAAGUCAUCCGAUUGGAGCCAAACGGCGACUACGAGAGCACCGGUAGAUGGAAGCUAACAGUUCGGGACAACAACAACAACAAUAGCAGCAGCAGUGGACAGGUAUUCAGUGAAGUGUUUGACGGUGUUAUGGUAUGUACUGGACAUCACGUUCAGCCACUGGUACCGACGUUCAGGGAUCAGCAUCUGUUUGGCGGUCAGAUAUUGCACACACAUUCAUACAAAAAACCCGACGCUUAUCAUAAUAAACGGGUAGUCGUAGUGGGAAUCGGCAAUUCAGGUGGCGAUGCAGCCGUCGAACUGUCCUCAGUCGCCGAUCAGGUAUAUCUAUCCACUAGACGGGGCACAUGGAUGGUCCAUAGGGUCGGCCCUAAUGGCAAACCGUUUGACAGUUGUUUUAUACGCCGGUAUAUCAACUUUUUCAUGAAUUAUAUGCCCUAUUCGUUGAUCUGUUCGAUAGCCGAAUCGUAUAUCAAUAGCCGAUUCAAUCAUAGAGACUAUCAAUUGAAACCCGAUCACCGAAUACUGUCCCAACAUAUUAUGGUCAACGAUUCACUACCUAAUCGUAUACUGUCGGGCACUGUUACCGUCAAGUGCGAUAUCGACCGGUUUACACAAACUGGUGUUAUAUUUAAAGGCGAUACCCGCGAAACUCCGUGCGAUGUCGUACUAUUGGCCACUGGCUAUCGGGUGUCGUUUCCGUUCAUAUCGCAGGAACUGAUUCCUACCGCCAAAAAUCACGUCCAACUCUAUAAAUAUGUUUUCCCGGCCCGACUGUCGCAUCCGAAAACACUGGCCUUCAUAUCGCUGGCUCAGCCAAUCGGUGCACUGUUACCGAUCGGCGAACUACAGAGCCGAUGGUUUGCCCAAUUGAUGGCCAACAAACUGCGGCUGCCGUCCAGUGAGCAGAUGUUUGCCGAUAUCGAUAAAAAACGCGAGUUUAUGAAACGAUUUUACGAAAGCGAUAGACAUACCAUUCAAGUCGAUUGGAUUAACUUUAUGGACGAAUUGGCCGCCGAAGUGGGAGUCCGGCCACAGAUAUGGAAGUAUUUGUUUACUGAUCCCGAACUGUGGCUGACAUUGGCUUUUGGACCGUCCCUGUCCUACCAGUACAGACUGGAAGGCCCUCACUCAUGGCCCGGUGCUCGCGAUGCCAUAAUGACUGUUCACAAGCGUAUAGGAGCCCCACUUAAGACCAGACAACCCCUUAACCGGCAAAAGUUUAUGGGUUUUAAAAGUUUGCAUUCAUUGAAACGAUUGAUAGGACUAUUGUUUUUCAUGAUUUUUGCUUAUUUACUAAACUUUUUGUUUUAA